AUGGUCUCUGCUGGCGGGGUCUCUGCAGAUGGGGUCUCUGCUGGCAGGGUCUCUGCUGGCGGGGUGUUUGCUGGCGGGGUCUUUGCGGACGAGGGGUCUCUGCUGGCAGGGGUCUCUGCUGGCGAGGUCUCUGCUGGCGGGGUCUCAGCUGGCGGGGUCUCUGUUAGCGAGGUCUCUGCUGGCGGGGUCUCUGGUGGCAGGGGUCUCUGCUGGCGAGGUCUCUGCUGGCGGAGUCUUUGCUGGCGGGGUGUCUGCUGGCGGUAUCCUCUGCUGGCGGGGUCUCUACUGGCGGGGUCUUUGCGGAUGGGGUCUCUGCUGGCGAGGUCUCUGCUGGCUGGGUCUCCUGCUGGUGGGGUCUUUGCGGACGAGGUCUCUGCUGGUGGGGGUCUCUGCUGGCGGGGUCUCGGCUGGCGGGGGUCUCUGCUGGCGGGGUCACUGCUGGCGGGGUCUCUGCUGACAGGGGUCUCUGCUGGCGGGGUCUCCGCCAGGGUCUCUGCUAGCGGGGUCUCCGCUGGCGGGGUCUCUGCUGGCGGGGUCUCUGCUAGCGGGGUUUCUGCUGGCGAGGUCUCUGCUGGCGGGGGUCUCUGCUGGCGAGGUCUCUGCUGGCGGUGUCGCUGCUGGUGCGGUUCUCUGCUGGCGGGGUCUCUACUGGCGGUGUCGCUGCUGGCGGGGUCUCUGCUGGCGCUGUCGCUGCUGGCGGUGGCGCUGCUGGCGGGGUCGCUGCUGGCGGUUCCGCGUGUUUGCUUGCUGGCGGGCUUGCGGGUCGCGUACAAUGUGGAGCGUGCAGUGACGGAGGAGUAG